CUUGCAAAAAGCUUUUGCCCUCUACAUUCAAAAUUGAAAAUAUUACCUCCUUUCAUUCCCGAAUCCAACAAUCCUCUAAGGCAGCACUAUUUCAUAUCCAUAACUGUUCUUACGAUGAAACAAAGCAAUGCAGCCUCAACCUAA